UGCGGGCCGAGCCCCGCCCCCCGCCCGCCGCCUGAGCCCGCGCCCGCCCGCACCAUGCUCAAGUGCAUCCCGUUGUGGCGCUGCAACCGGCACGUGGAGUCGGUGGACAAGCGGCACUGCUCGCUGCAGGCCGUGCCCGAGGAGAUCUACCGCUACAGCCGCAGCCUGGAGGAGCUGCUCCUCGACGCCAACCAGCUGCGUGAGCUGCCCAAGCCCUUUUUUCGGCUGCUGAACCUGCGCAAGCUGGGCCUGAGUGACAACGAGAUCCAGCGGUUGCCCCCUGAGGUGGCCAACUUCAUGCAACUGGUGGAGCUGGACGUGUCUCGGAAUGACAUCCCUGAGAUCCCCGAGAGCAUCAAGUUCUGCAAAGCCCUGGAGGUUGCAGACUUCAGUGGGAAUCCUUUGUCCAGGCUCCCCGAAGGUUUCACUCAGCUGCGCAGCCUGGCUCAUCUGGCCCUGAAUGAUGUCUCCUUGCAGGCGCUACCUGGGGACGUGGGCAAUCUCGCCAACCUGGUGACCUUGGAGCUCCGGGAGAAUUUGCUCAAGUCCUUGCCUGCGUCCUUGUCUUUCCUGGUCAAGCUGGAACAGCUGGAUCUGGGAGGCAACGAUCUGGAAGUGCUGCCUGACACCCUGGGGGCCCUGCCCAACCUGCGUGAGCUGUGGCUGGACCGGAACCAGCUGUCGGCCCUGCCCCCGGAACUCGGGAAUCUGCGGCGCCUGGUGUGCCUGGAUGUGUCAGAGAACCGGCUGGAGGAGCUGCCUGCGGAACUCGGGGGGCUGGUGCUGCUCACCGACCUGCUGCUCUCCCAGAACUUGCUGCAGCGGCUUCCUGACGGCAUUGGUCAGCUGAAGCAGCUGUCCAUCUUGAAGGUAGACCAGAAUCGCCUCUGCGAGGUGACGGAGGCCAUUGGGGACUGUGAGAACUUGUCAGAGCUGAUCCUCACGGAGAACCUGCUGACGGCCCUGCCCCGCUCCUUGGGGAAGCUGAGCAAGCUGACCAACCUCAACGUGGACCGGAACCGCCUGGAGGCACUGCCGCCUGAGAUUGGGGGCUGCGUGGCACUCAGCGUCCUCUCUUUGAGGGACAACCGCCUGGCUGUCCUGCCGCCGGAGCUCGCCCACACGGCCGAGCUGCAUGUGCUGGAUGUGGCCGGGAACCGUCUGCAGAGUCUGCCGUUCGCACUCACGCACCUCAACCUGAAGGCCCUGUGGCUGGCGGAGAACCAGGCGCAGCCCAUGCUUCGGUUCCAGACUGAGGACGAUGCCCAGACCGGCGAGAAGGUGCUCACCUGCUACCUGCUGCCCCAGCAGCCCCUGCCCAGCCUCGAGGACCCGGGGCCGCGGAGCAGCCCUUCGGAGAGCUGGGGUGACGCCCCGCUCAGCCGCGUCAGCGUCAUCCAGUUCCUGGAGGCCCCCGCGGGCGACGAGGACGCAGAGGAAGCCGCUGCCGAGAAACGGGGCCUGCAGCGUCGGGCUACGCCUCACCCCAGCGAGCUCAAGGUGAUGAAGAGGGGUGUGGAGCGUCGAAGCGAAGCCGCCUCCUGCAGGCCCGACUCCGCACAGCGCUCACCCUCACCCCCGCCCUCGGAGGAGGAGAAGAGGCUGAGCACCGAGUCUGGCCUGAGUGCGGACUCGCACCUGUCUGCCAGCACAGCCUCCCAGGGUGAGCCCGAGGGCCCGCUGGCCGAGGUGGAGGGGCCGAGCCAGCAGGAAUCCACGCCAACCACCCAGGAGGAGGUCGUAGAGGAGAUCUAUGAGGAGCCCACAGUGCGCUUCGCGGAGGACACGCUGCUCCUGCCCAGGGAGGAUGGCGAGAGCGAGGAGGGGCAGCUGGAGGCCCCCUGGCCCCUGCCGGGUGAGAGACAGAGGCUUAUCCGCAAGGACACGCCCCACUACAAGAAGCACUUCAAGAUCUCCAAGCUGCCCCAGCCCGAGGCCGUGGUGGCCCUGCUGCAGGGGACACAGCCAGAUAGUGAGGGCCCAGUAGGGUCUGGGGGCUGGCACAAUGGCCCCCACGUGCCCUGGGCUCCUCGAGCCGAGGAGGAGGAGGAAGAGGAAGACGAGGAGGAGGAGGAAGCAGCGGCAGGAGCCGAGGAGGCGGACGAGGAGGAGGAGGAGAGGGAGGAGGCCGUGGCCUCUGCACCCUCUGUCAAGGGGGUGUCGUUCGACCAGGCCAAUAACCUGCUGAUAGAGCCCGCUCGCGUUGAGGAAGAAGAGCUGACGCUCACCAUUGUGCGGCAGACGGGGGGCCUGGGCAUCAGCAUCGCGGGCGGCAAGGGCUCCACCCCCUACAAGGGCGACGACGAGGGCAUAUUCAUCUCCCGGGUAUCUGAGGAGGGCCCUGCGGCUCAGGCUGGGGUCCGAGUAGGCGACAAGCUCCUCGAGGUGAACGGCGUGGCCUUGCAGGACGCCGAGCACCAGCAGGCCGUGGAGGCGCUGCGUGGGGCGGGCACCACGGUGCACAUGCGGCUGUGGCGGGAGCGUAUGGUGGAGCCCGAGAACGCGGUCACCGUCACGCCUCUGCGGCCUGAGGACGACUACAGCCCCCGGGAGCGGUGGGGAGGCGGCCUGCGCCUGCCCCUGCUCCAGCCCGAGCCCCCCGGGCCCCUCCGCCAGCGCCACGUGGCCUGCCUCGUGCGCAGCGAGAAGGGCUUGGGCUUCAGCAUCGCUGGGGGGAAAGGCUCCACACCCUACCGGGCUGGAGACCCGGGUAUCUUCAUCUCCCGCAUUGCGGAGGGGGGCGCCGCCCACCGGGCGGGCACCCUGCAGGUCGGCGAUCGCGUCCUCUCCAUCAACGGGGUGGACAUGACGGAGGCCAGGCACGACCACGCUGUCUCCCUGCUGACCGCUGCCUCUCCCACCAUCGCCCUGCUGCUGGAACGGGAGGCCGGGGGGCCACUUGCCCCCGGUCCUCCACCACACUCCCCCCCACCCCCUGCUGCUACCACCACCACCGUGGCCACUGCCACCCCUGGGGAGCCCGGGCCGCUAAGGCUGGCCCCCAGUUUGCUGGCCGCUGCCCUGGAGGGGCCGUACCCAGUGGAGGAGAUCUGUCUGCCGAGAGCUGGGGGCCCCCUGGGGCUCAGCAUUGUCGGGGGCUCCGACCACUCCAGCCACCCAUUUGGUGUCCAGGAGCCCGGCGUGUUCAUCUCUAAGGUGCUCCCCCGGGGCCUGGCUGCACGCAGUGGCCUGCGGGUUGGGGACCGCAUCCUGGGAGUGAACGGGCAGGAUGUGCGGGACGCCACCCACCAGGAAGCGGUCAGCGCCCUGCUGCGGCCCUGCCUGGAGCUGGUCCUGCUCGUGCGGAGGGACCCGCCGCCCCCGGGCAUGCGGGAGCUCUGUAUCCAGAAGGGCCCUGGAGAGAAGCUGGGCAUCAGCAUCCGUGGGGGCGCCAAGGGCCACGCAGGGAACCCCUGUGACCCCACGGACGAGGGCAUCUUCAUCUCCAAGGUGAGCCCCACAGGAGCAGCCGGGCGAGAUGGCCGCCUGCGGGUGGGGCUGCGGCUGCUGGAGGUGAACCAGCAGAGCUUGCUGGGCCUGACGCACGGCGAAGCCGUGCAGCUGCUACGCAGCGUGGGCGACACCCUGACUGUGCUUGUCUGUGAUGGCUUCGACACCAGCGCCCCCGAGGUGUCCCCAGGCGUCAUCGCCAACCCCUUUGCAGCGGGCAUUGGCCGCCGGAACAGCCUGGAAAGCAUCUCCUCCAUCGACCGGGAGCUGAGCCCCGAGGGCCCCGGCAAGGAGAAGGAGCUGCCUGGACAGACCCCACAGAGGGGGCCGGAGGCCGUGGGUCGGACCCUGGAGAGCCUGAAGCUGGACUGCCGUGCCCUGGCCGCCACACCCAGCGCCGGCAAUGUGCAGAGGGUGCCGUCUGGGGCAAGCGGCGGGAAGAUGACUGAGGCCCCCUGUUCCCCUGGCCACCAGCAGACAAAGCCUGGGGUGAUCCAGCCAGUGGCUCAGGCCUGGCCAAGGGGCUCCCCAGCCCUCAGGGGCAGAGGUGAUCCCCAAUCCCCCCCCUCCCCGCCCUCCCCGCCCUCCCCUGACGAGCUGCCCGCCAACGUGAAGCAGGCGUAUAGGACCUUCGCUGCCGUGCCCGGCCUGCACCCGCCCCUGGAGGCCCCUGCCCAGCCCCCCACGCCUGGGCCCACGGCCUCCCCGGAGCAGCUGUCCUUCCGCGAGCGGCAGAAGUACUUCGAGCUGGAGGUGCGGGUGCCCCACACGGGGGGUCCCCCUAAGCGCGUGUCGCUGGUGGGUGCCGACGACCUGCGGAAGAUGCAGGAGGAGGAAGCCCGAAAGCUGCAACAGAAGAGGACGCAGAUGCUGCGCGAGGCGGCGGGGGAUGCGGCGGACGCGGGGCGCACGGAAGGCGAGGCCCCCGAGGACGAGGAGCCCGAGGAGGAGCUGCCCUGGGCCGGCCGGGGCCCCGCCGCAGGGCUUGGCCCCGCGUCCCCCCCGCCGCAGGGAGGCGGCGCUCCGGUGCGGACGGCCAAGGCCGAGCGGCGCCACCAGGAGCGGCUGCGCGUGCAGAGCCCGGAGCUGCCGGCGCCUGAGCGGACCCUGUCCCCGGCGGAGCGCCGCGCCCUGGAGGCCGAGAAGCGCGCGCUGUGGAGGGCGGCCAGGAUGAAGUCUCUGGAACAGGACGCCCUCCGCGCACAGAUGGUCCUCAGCAAGUCUCAGGAGGGCCGAAGCAAGCGGGGGCCUCUGGAGCGCCUGGCCGAGGCCCCCUCGCCCGCGCCCACCCCGUCACCCACCCCCUUGGAAGACCUCGGCCUCCAGACCGGCACCUCCCCGGGACGCUUGGCCUUGUCUGGGAGGAAGUUUGACUACAGGGUGUUUGCAGCCCUCCCCUCUUCCAGACCUGUCUUUGACAUGCAGUCCCCAGAUUUUGCUGAGGAGCUGAGGUCCUUGGAACCGUCUCCGAGCCCUGGUCUGCCAGAGGAGGAUGGAGAGGUGGCCAUGGUGCUUCUGGGCAGGCCUUCUCCAGGCGCCGCGGGCCCCGAGGAGGUGGCCCUGUGCAGCAGCCGCCGCGCCGUCCGGCCGGGGCGCCGGGGCCUGGGCCCGGUGCCCUCCUAGAGGGUCAGGGUACCUCCCCCGACUUGGGGUGGGGGCCCUGCCAGCUCCAACACCACCCUUGCCUCGAGUCUUUUAACCUGGCCAUUAGCAUUUUAAAGAGGUCCCCUCAGGAGUUCUGGCCGCUAACUGCCCCCUCCCCAGCCGGGACCUCCUGGCGAGACUGUAACUAGUGAUGUUUGUACAACCAAAGACUCUAUUUUGUGGUUUAAGGAGAAUAAAAUUGACUACGUUUUA